CUUUCACUUCCGGGGUUGCUCUAGAUCCGCUGGUUCCGUAACAACAUCCCGUUGGCUUCCCUCAGGUGGCGGGACCGGUGCAGCCGCCGCCUACCAGGAGCGCCCGCCCGCCCGGGCCUGCGCCUUCGCUGGCCCAGGCCUCCAUGGCCACCAACCCGCAGCCGCAGCCGCCUCCUCCGGCACCGCCGCCUCCCCCGCCGCAGCCGCAGCCGCCGCCACCGCCGCCGGGCCCCGGGGCUGGCCCGGGUGCGGCGGGCGGCGCGGGGGCCGGUGCAGGUGCCGGAGACCCGCAGCUCGUGGCCAUGAUCGUGAACCACCUCAAGAGCCAAGGGCUCUUCGACCAGUUCCGCAGGGACUGCCUGGCCGACGUGGACACCAAGCCUGCCUAUCAGAACCUGAGGCAGCGAGUUGACAACUUUGUUGCGAACCACUUGGCAACUCACACAUGGAGUCCCCACCUCAAUAAGAACCAGCUAAGAAACAAUAUUAGGCAGCAAGUGCUCAAAUCAGGAAUGUUGGAGUCUGGUAUUGACCGAAUUAUUUCUCAGGUUGUGGAUCCAAAGAUCAACCACACAUUCAGACCUCAAGUAGAGAAAGCUGUGCAUGAGUUUUUGGCCACACUAAAUCACAAAGAGGAUGCAAGUAGCAGCACAGCCCCGGACGAUGAGAAACCAGACUCUUCCAUCAUUACACAAGGUGUCCCAGUUCCUGGACCCAGCACUAAUGUAGCCAAUGAUGCCAUGUCUAUCUUGGAAACCAUAACUUCUCUUAACCAAGAAGCCAGUGCGGCCAGGGCUUCGACAGAAACAUCAAAUGCCAAGACCAGUGAGAGAGUAUCCAAAAAACUCCCUUCUCAGCCAAGCAUUGACACUAGUACUGAAAAGGAAAAAACUUCAGAGGACAUAGCUGAUAAAGAAAAACCUACACCCGAUUCUGCAGGGGAAGGACAGGAGACAGCUCCCAAGCCUGAAGAAUUUACUGAUCUCCCUUGUCCAAUUGAAGAAAUUAAAAAUCACACGAAAGAGAGCAAUAAUUCAGUUCUGCUGAAUAAGGAUGUUCAACAGGAAAGCAGUGACCAAAAGAACAAAUCAACAGACAAAGGUGAAAAGAAGCCAGAGAGCAAUGACAAAGGAGAAAGAAAGAAAGAAAAGAAGGAAAAGACUGAAAAGAAAUUUGAUCACUCCAAAAGGAAUGAGGACCUACAAAAAGUAAAAGAGGAAAAACAAACAAAGGAAAAAGAAAUAGAAUGUUCAAAACUCCCUUCAGAAAAGAACAGUAAUAAACCUAAAACCAUUGAAGGGACAAAAGAAGAUUGCUCUUUGAUAGAUUCUGAUGUGGAUGGACUUACAGACAUCACAGUUAGCUCCGUCCAUACCAGUGACCUUUCCUCUUUUGAAGAAGAUACCGAGGAGGAAGUUCUAAUGUCUGAUAGCAUGGAAGAAGGAGAGAUUACAUCAGAUGAUGAGGAGAAGAACAAGCAGAACAAAACAAAAACUCAAACCAGUGAUCCCAGUGAAGGAAAAGCAAAAAGUGUACGGCACGCUUAUGUUCACAAACCGUAUCUUUACUCAAAGUAUUACAGUGAUUCCGAUGAUGAGCUUACUGUAGAACAACGGCGCCAGUCGAUUGCUAAAGAAAAAGAAGAGAGGCUUUUAAGAAGGCAAAUUAAUAGAGAGAAACUUGAAGAAAAACGAAAGCAGAAAGCUGAAAAGACAAAGUCUUCAAAAGCUAAGAAUCAAGGCAAAAAUAGUGUGGAUUUAGAAGAAUCAUCAGCAAAGAGUGUGGAACCUAAAACCCCCAGAAUUAAAGAAGUCCUUAAAGAACGGAAAGUUUUAGAGAAAAAAGUAGCCUUAAGCAAAAAAAGAAAGAAAGAUUCGAGGAAUGUUGAAGAGAAUUCUAAAAAGAAACCACAGUCUGAAGAAGAUUCAAAAGAAACUCUCAAGACAAGUGAGCAUUGUGAAAAGGAAAAGAUAUCUUCUUCAAAGGAUCUGAAGCAUGUUCAUGCAAAAAGUGAACCAAGUAAACCUGCCCGGAGACUUUCAGAAUCUUUGCAUUCAGCUGAUGAAAACAAAAAUGAAUCCAAAAUAGAAAGAGAACAUAAAAGGCGCACGUCUACCCCUGUUGUGGUGGAAGGGGCACAGGAAGAGCCUGAUACAAGAGAUGGGAAAAGGCAAGCAGAACGGUCGGAAAUUAGCACAGAAGAGCCCCAGAAACAGAAAAGCACACUUAAAAAUGAAAAGCAUCUAAAAAAAGAUGAUUCUGAAACAGCACAUGUGAAAAGCCUACCUAAGAAAGAGACAAAAUCUUCCAAGGAAAAGUCUGAAAAAGACAAGACUCUGUCAGAAGACAAAUUAUCUACAAAACAUAAAUAUAAAGGUGACUGUAUGCAUAAAACAAGUGAUGAGACUGAGCUUCAUUCUUCAGAGAAAGGUUUAAAAAUGGAUGAAAAUAUUCAAAAGCAAAAUCAACAAACGAAACUUUCUUCAGAUGAAAAAACUGAACGAAAAAGUAAACAUAAGAAUGAAAGGAAGUUAUCAAUUUUAGGCAAAGAUGGAAAGCCAGUUUCUGAAUAUAUUAUAAAAACUGAUGAGAAUGUUCGUAAAGAAAACAACAAAAAAGAGAGGCACAUAUCAGCCGAGAAGACUAAGGCAGAGCACAAAUCAAGAAGAUCAAGUGAUUCUAAAAUUCAGAAAGAUUCUCUGAGUUCUAAGCAACAUGGAAUCGCAUUACAGAGAAGAAGUGAAAGUUAUUCAGAGGAUAAGUGUGAUACAGACUCAACUAAUUUAGAUAGUAAUUCAAAACCAGAAGAGGUGGUUCACAAGGAGAAGCGAAGAACAAAGAGCUUACUAGAAGAGAAACUUAUGUUAAAGUCUAAACCAAAAAGUCAAGGCAAACAGUUAAAAGUAGUUGAAACGGAAUUACAAGAAAGUGUCACAAAACAGGUGGCCACUCCAAAACCAGAUAAGGAGAAGAACACAGAAGAAAUCGACCCAGAUAGACAGCGGAAGUCUAAAGUUGAAGACAAACCUUCUGAGGAAAUUGGUGUCGAAGUUGUAUUGGACAGUGCUGCUUCCUUAGCACAUGGUACACAGAAGGAUUCUAGUCACAGAACCAAGUUACCAUUAGCAAAGGAGAAAUACAGGGCUGAUAAGGAUUCAGGCUCCUCCAGACCCGAGAGAAAGUUAUCAGAUGGGCACAAAAGCAGAACCUUAAAGCAUGGUAGUAAGGAAAUGAAAAGGAAGGAAGAAAAUAAAUCAGAUGACAAGGAUGGUAAAGAAGUUGACAGUAAUCAUGAAAAGGCCAGAGGGAAUAGUUCGGUUUUGGAAAAGAAAUUAAGUAGAAGGUUGUGUGAAAACCGAAGAGGAAGCUUAUCCCAAGAAAUGACCAAAGGAGAAGAAAAACCAGCAGCAAACUCCUUGAGCACUCCCAAUAGUUCCUCUGUUCAGAAACCAAAAAAGAGCAGUGAUAUCACAGUAAUGCCUGAACAAGAGCCAAUGGAAAUUGAUUCUGAGCCAUCUGUUGAAAAUGUAUUUGAAGUAUCUAAAACCCAAGAUGGCAGCAGUAAUAGUUCUCAGCAAGGCAGUGACUCUGAAAAUGUUACGAAACAAAAAACCAAUAUCAUUCUAAAGGAUGAAUUAAGAACUUCCACAGUAGAUUCAAAAACAGCAGCUCCAGCCUGUAAAUCAGGACGUGGAACAGGAGUUGUUGGUAAUUCUGAAAAGCAUGCUGACCAUAAAGGCACCCUUACCAAGAAAGUGCAUACCCAAAGUGCUGUGUCCAAACUGAACCCUGGGGAAAAAGAACCCAUUCAACAGGGAACUCAUGAAACAAAUACAGACUCUGAAACUAGUCAUAGACUGUUGCCACGAGCCCCAUCAGAAAAUGAUAGGACACAGAAGAUUUUGAAAAACACAACCAGACUCACUGAAGAACAUGUUGCUCAAGGAAAUGCUGAUCGUGAGCAUUCCCCAAAUUUAGAUCCUUCACCGUUCUUAAGUUCAGUAACUGUGACCCCUCAGAAAGAAUCUUGUGAUGCAGAUAUAAGUCCUUUGAUUGACAAAAGGACUGUUUUAGAAGGUGGCACAGCUAGCACUUCCCUUGUAGAGCAGUCUGAUAUUCCUAACCAAAGUUUGACUCUUAGGGAAUCAGAAGUCCCUAGGACAAGUGACAGCAAAGAAAGUGGGGUAGUUUCCACAGUAGAUACGCUGGCAAAAGCAAGCAUGGAUAGCAGAAGACACAUUCCAGAAGGUUUCCAGCCUGCUGUGCUGCACACUAAACAAGGAAAAGUAAUUGUGCCUGUUGGUAGCAAGUUAAUGGAUGUGAAUACAGAAAAUGAGAAUGCUCACAAAGAAGGCAGCUUUAUGGACAUGGCCAGAAAAGAAAGUGACUUCAACACAGAGCCCAGUUCAAAGGAGACAACAAGAGCGGUACUAGAAAAUGGCAAAAAGCAUGGCAUCACUGUUGACCCUGUGGUAGGCAUGAGAACAGAAAAAGAUACUGAGACCGUCAAACUUAAGUGUAGUAAUGGCCCAGGUGAAAUGGAAAACAAAUCACUUGUGGUUGAAGGAAGGACUGAAAGUAGCGAGGUUGACACCAGUGCCAGAAGUAACGCUGCUUCCUCAGUUUUACAGCAAAGGAAUGGAGAAACUGCUGAUGGCACAGCCGGGUCUGGCAGAGCAGAAAAGACUUCUUUUGCCACUAGCACUGCAAGGAAGGACGAAGGUGUUCCCCUAAAUACAGUAAAGGCAGGGGAUGCCACAACCACUUCCUCAGAAACAGGAGAGGGUGAGGUGGCUGUGCCCUGCACAAGCAUUGAGGCAGAUGAAGGCUUCAUAACAGGUGCAUGCUCUAAAAACAAUCCUCUUCACACUGGGGCAGAAGCCAGUGAAUACACGGUUUUUGCUGCAGCAGAAGAAGGCGGCGGUGUUGUCACAGAAGGAUUUGCCGAAAGUGAAACCUUCCUCACAAGCACCAAGGAGGGAGAAAGUGGAGAGUGUGCUAUGGCGGAAUCUGAAGAGAGAGCAGUGGGCCCUGUGACUGCUCACGAAGUCACGGUUGAAGAUGAUGUCAACAGUGGUGUGAUAGAAGAGAAGGAUGACGCUGUCACCAGUGCCGGCUCUGAAGAAAAAUGUGAUGGUUCUUCACGUACGGACUCGGAAAUGGCUGAAGGAACUAUUACCUUUAUUAGUGAGGUUGAAAGUGAUGGCGCGGUGACAAGUGCUGGGACAGAAAUAAGAGAGGGCUCCUUAAGCAGUGAAGAGGUGGAUGGAUUCCAGAGAAAUCUGACAAGAAUGGGCCCCAAAAAAGAAACUGAGGGAACUGUGACAUGUACUGGAGCAGAAAGGAGAAGUGCUACUUCUAUUAUGUGCCCAGUAACAGGCGCCAAACGACAGGAAGAGCAUGUGGUUACAGGCGCAGCUGUGGCCCUUGUCAGUAAUGACACACCACCAGGAACCAGUGCCCCCCAGGAAGGAAAUGCUUCUGUGAAUGAUGGGGCAGAAGGCGAAAGUGCCGUCACCAGCACAGGGAUAACAGAAGAAGAUGGAGAGGGGUUGGGGAGCUGCACAGGUUCAGAAGAGGGCAGUGAGGGCUUUCCUCUAAGUUCUGAAUCAGAAGACAACGGAGAGAGUGCAAUGGACAGCACAGUAGCCAAAGAAGCCACUAACAUACCAUCCGUCGCUGCUGGGCCUUGUGAUGAUGAAGGAAUUGUAACCAGCACUGGUGCAAAAGAGGAGGAUGAGGAAGGUGAAGGGGUGGUGACCAGUACUGGAAGGGGAAAUGAAAUUGGGCAUGCAUCCACUUGCACUGGGACAGAGGAGGAGAGUGAAGGGGUAUCAAUUUGUGGAAGUGCCGAAGAAGGUGACAGUCAGAUUGGUACUGCAGCAGGGCGCAUGGGAGCAGAGGCUGGAGCCACCAUCACCAAUGCCAAUGAGAGCAAUGUUGACAGCAUGAGUGGUGCAGAGAAAGGCAUGAAACAUAGGGAGAUCUGCUCCAGUGCAAAAGGGAUUGUAGAAAGCAGUGUAACCAGCGUGGCCUCAGGGAAGGGUGAAGUGGCACCAGUUCCUGAAGGUGGUGAGGGUCCCAUGACUAGUGCAGCUUCAGGUCAGAGUGACAGUUUGCUCACCAGAAAAGAAAAAAUUGAUGACACCACAAUUUCCACCGGCCUGGUGGGGGGCAGCUACAAGGUGCUUGCAUCCAGGGCAGUCCCAGAAUGUGAAGCUGGUCACACAUCACCCAGUGGAAAAGAAGACGAAGGUAUCAUCACCUCAGUGGACAAUGAAGAAUGUGAUGGCCUUAUGGCUAGUACAGCCAGUGACAGUGUUACCAACCAAACUUGCUUAGCUGGGGGUAAAAGUCCAGGCAAAGGCUUGAUGAUUUCCACCAGUACCACGCAUGAGUACAGCACUCAGUUAAGCACAGUCACAGGCGUGGAAGAAGGUCAUUCAAGUGCGCUGAGAACCGGAGAAAAUAAGGACGGCACCAGAAUAAACAUGGAGGAAUUUGAGGCCCCCAUGCCCAGUGCAGUGUCAGGAGAUGAGAGCCAGCUCCCUGCUAUGAGAAAUGAAGAGAAAGAUGAGUGUGCCAUGAUUUCCACGAGCAUAGGGGAGGAGUUCGAAGUGCCCAUCUCCAGUGCCACAACCAUCACGUGUGCAGAAAGUCAGCAGCCAGUGGCCACCAUGGAAGAAAGCACUCAGGACCCCGGCCUAGUGAGCACCGACGACUUCGAGGGGCCCAUGCCCAGUGCGGCCACAGCGGUUGAGAGCCCUCUUGCCUCAACCAGCAAGGAGGAGAAAGAUGAGUGCGCACUCAUCUCCACCAGCAUAGCAGAGGAGUGCGAGGCUUCUAUUUCUGGCGUCGUCGCCGAAAGCGAAAAGGUGCGACCCACCACCUUGGGUCUGGAAGAGAAAGACGGGAGCGCCAUCAUCUCCACCAGCUCGGGAGAAGACUGCGAGGGCCCCGUGUCCAGCGCCGCCCCUCAGGAGGAAGUCCAGCCCUCCGUCACCCGAGCAGAGGAGAUCAGCGACACCACCAUGAUUUCCACAAGCACCUCCGAAGGCCGAGAAGCAGUCAUGAUGGGCGCUCUCCCGCAGGACGACGAGCCACCUGGCGCGGCAAGGAUGGAGGAUUUGAGUGACGCCGCCAUCAUCUCCACCAGCACGGCUGAGUGCGUGCUGGCGCCCGCCGGCCUUGACAGGCUGGAUGAGAACCCGCGGACUGCGAGUAGCGUAGAUGGGAAAGCGCUACCGUCGGCUCACAGGAUGAGCAAGGGCGAGGCCCCAAGGCCGCGCCUGAUGUGCGCAAACAGCUGUCCACACUCUGGGCCGCCGGCAGGGGGCAGAGCCGCGGGCACCGAGGAGGGGCCCCGCAGGGUGGCAUUCCAUGAGCCCUCUGCUGCGGGCGGCCAGCCAGGGGCUGCACAAACAUCGGAGGAAGGGUGCAGGCGGGACGGUUCCUGCGAGGUGCCGCUAGUGGGGAAGGGACAGAGUGAGAGCAAUUUGGGCCUCAUAAAUGCAGCAGAGAGGAGUGUGUGGCUGAGCUCUGUUCAGAGAAGACGGGGGAGCCAGGAGGCGGCUACCGCAGGCCAUAGCACCUGUUGGGCAGGAAGGGAUCUGCGGAGGGGAGUGGACUCACCUGAGGAUCUGGCGGGACCAGAGCAAAAGGCGGGGCCAACGACUGAGGACCCCUCCCUCGGGAUCCACUGCUUACCAGCAGUAAGUCCUGGUGCUAAGAACACCAAUGACGUGCUACCUGCCAGAGACACUGCAGUGGAGCCAUCCUCCCCUGAGCAGUCCUGGCCCACGCCCCCCGUGAACACUACCACUGAAUGUAUUAAUGGCCAAGAAUCAGAAAUUGGCCCUUGCCACGCGCUAGUCCUUCCAGCUGCCUACAAUGUUGCUCUGUCUGCUCCAAACUAUGAGCACGACCUGACUGUAAAGGGUGAUCACAAUGGCAAACAGCUGGUUCAAGGGUCCAGCGAGAAAACAGGAGAUGGUAAUGGCAUGAGGAAAUCAUCCCAGGAAGAGGCAGACCUCAAGGUUCCUCCUGAAGAAAAUUUGCAUGACAUAGGCCAUGAAGAAUCUCCACCGAAUGUUCUGGGAGGACGAGCACUGAAAGGCACCUUGAAAACUAAGACAUUUAUACCAUCGGAGGAAGAGAAAAACCAUGAAAUUCUAACAGCACCAGCAAGUCCAUGUGGGAGAAAGCCAAGUGGAGUAGCAGCCGAACUACAGAGGGAGCCUUUCUUGGUGAAUGAAUCACUUAAUAAUGCCAAAAAUAUGGGCUCAAGAGCAAAUGAAGAACUUCGUAGCAAAUCUCCUAACAAAGAAGAAAUAUCCAGCGGCAGAAAAGACAGUGAAGCCUUAAGAGAUCACAGUGUUGAAGCAAAUCCUAAAGAGGUUGAAGAGGAAGAAAGGCAGAUGCCUAAAAGAAAAAGAAAGAAGCAUUAUCCCUCUUCAGAAGAUGAACUGGAUGAUAAUCCAGAUGUCCUAGAUUCCAAAAUAGAAACAGCACAGAGGCAGUGUUCAGAAACUGAACCACAAGAUAUAAAGGAGGAGAACACUGGAGAUUUGGAAGAAUUAUCUAAAACAGGUUCUAAGACAAACAGCACUGCUUCAAGGGCCAUGGAUGAAAAAGACGAAUACAGCAGUGGUGAAGCUGCUGGCGAAAAGACAGAGCAGAAUGACGAUGACAACGUGAAAUCUCAGGAGGAAGAUCAGCCAGUAAUUAUUAAAAGGAAAAGAGGAAGACCUCGUAAACACCCCUUAGAAACAGCGUUAAAAACAAAAGAAGACUGCAAAACAGAUACUGGCAUUGUCACUGUAGAACAGUCUCCACCUGGCGGCAAACCAAAAUUCACACAGACAGAUGAGUCCAAUAAAGAAACCACGACCCUACAAGAAAGAGGUAUAAGCAACGACGAUGGUGAAGAAAAAACAGUAGCAAGUGUGCGUCGGAGAGGAAGAAAGCCCAAGCGUUCACUCACUCUGUCAGAUGAUGCUGAAUCUUCAGAGCCAGAAAGAAAACGCCAGAAAUCAGUUUCUGAAGACACUGAGGACAAGAAGGACCAGGAUUCUGAGGAGGAAGAGGAGGAGGAGGAAGAGGAUGAGCCCUCAGGAGCCACUACAAGGUCCACCACCAGAUCAGAGGCUCAGAGAAGGCAUCAUAGCAAGCCAUCAGCACGUGCAGCAUCCACGUUUGGCAGCCCAGAAACCAUUUCUGCUAGAAAUCGCCAAAUAUUAGCAAAAGAGAAGUUAUCUACCUGCGAAAAAGUUAGUAAAUCUCCCCCAUUAGGAAGAUCGAAGGCCCAGCUCUCCCCUUCUAGCAAGCGCAGGAGGGAAGCCAGCCCUCCCGGAGCCCGAACCAGAGGCCAGCAGAGGGUGGAAGAAGCCCCCUCGAAGAAGGCCAAGCGGUAAUCCUGGCCUCUGCUGCCCCUGGCUUGUUGGGGACACAGCCAAGAGAAGAGAAUCAAGCCUUGGGGCCACAGCUUUUUUUUUUUUUAACCAGGGAAAGGACAUGCAUGUGCUCUAAGUUCCUAGGUGCAAGCUUUUUCUCCUUCUGUUUUAAACAGCUUUAUAAACUAUUGUUCAUAGAAGAUAUUAUGUACAUUUAUUUCAGAUAAAGAAAAAUAAGUUUACUUUGUAUCUGAACUCAAAACAAAGUAGUUGUAUAUUUUAACAUUUGAAAUUGGGAUUUCCCGAUGUGACACAUCACUAAUGCAAACCCUUCCAGCCCAUCAUACACCAGGCUGCCUACUGGUAAUCUGUGUACAGUAUAUAAACAUGUAAAAAUAGGUUGUAUUUUACUCUAUGUAUGAUGCUAAUCAAUGAACACUUUAUUUAUUUUACAGAGAAAACUUAUCUGUGAACUUUACUAUAUAUCUGUUUAUUUUAUUUUAUUAUUUUUUUUUUAUAAAAAAAGGGGGGGUUUUAAAUGCUAUGCAGUCAUUAGUAGAAAUGUUUUAGGAUGCUGCCUGCCUAGUAACUCUCUGAAUAUGAUCUGGCAGGAAAUACAGAAUCUUCUCGCAUGUAUCCAAGUGAAGUAGUUUAGCUCAAGAAAGGGUCUGCAUUGCUUCUCUGUUCACAGUUGUGACUGUUUUUAAGAAUGUAACUUGUUUUUAGAUUAUGCUCACAUCUGUGACUUUACUUCCAGCCCCACUGGUGUGAGAGGUUCUGGUUCAGGUAAAGUUACAUCCUGUCACCUGCAGCAAACAUGCCUCUGUCGUUGUUCAUUCUUCCCCUCUGUGCUUUUCUGAGGCUUCUGCCCAUUCUCUUUCCAUAUUGUCCUUUUCAGUGAAGGGAAAUGCAUCGAGAUUAGCUCACUCAUGUCUAUCGAGCUUCUGGAUUUUAUGUUGUUUUAUAUGCAGUUAUUUCAAGAUAGAAACUGGCUUUAUUGCCAGAUUCUUUUUUAGACAUGUUUUAACUCCCAUAUGAACAAACUGUCCAACUUAAGUUUUUCAUAAAAUUAAAUUUUUCUUAAGAUCAAAUUUGUCUCUAGCAAUGAUGUGAUGAGUUGCCAAAUAAUUGAGAUUAUUUUAAAAUGUUUUGUUCAUAUUGUUUUAUAAUUAAAAUUUACAUUCAG